AAAUUUUUGAUCCCCUCAGAAAAACAAGAGGUCAUCUUUCAUCCAAAACCAUCACUCAAAACCUCCAUCCAUUCUCUGCUUAUCCCACCUCACCUCACUUUCUCUCUCCUCACCUCACCUCACCUCACCUCACUUUCUCUCUCUAACCGGCAACAAUGGCGGCAACUCUGCAAACUCCAGUAUCCUUGCAAUCCAGAACAAAAACUGUUGCAGCAUUAUCAAAUUCAUCUUCUGCUACCAAAGCUCCGACGCCAUUUUCUCUCUCCUUCUCCUCUUCUACCGCCACCUUCAAUCCUCUCAGGCUCCAGAUUUUAACCACCUCGAAACUCUCCGCCAAGCCUCGCGGCGGCGGAGCUCUCGGUGCUCGCAUGGCUGACACCACCGCCAGCAGGUACGCCUCCGCUCUCGCCGAUGUCGCCGAUUCCACCGGUACUCUUGAUGAAACUAGCGCUGAUGUUGAAAAACUCUCCAGGAUUUUCGCCGAAGAACAGGUGUAUUACUUCUUUGCAAGCCCAGUGAUUAGCAUUGAGAGAAAGCGUAGUGUCUUGGAUGAGAUCGUCAGCACCGCAGGACUCCAGCCUCAUACGGCUAACUUCCUUAACAUUUUGAUUGAUUCAGAGCGAAUCGAUCAGGUUAUAAACAUAUUGAAUGCAUUUGAGGAUGUGUAUAAUAAGAUUACCAACACUGAAGUAGCAGUGGUGACUUCGGUGGUGAAGUUGGAGAAUGAUCACUUGGCUCAGAUUGCUAAGAGUGUCCAACGGAUGACAGGGGCGAAGAAUGUGAGGAUUAAGACAGUGAUUGAUCCUUCACUGGUUGCUGGAUUCACUGUCAGGUAUGGUAAUGAAGGUUCCAAGUUGGUUGAUAUGAGUGUGAAGAAACAGCUUGAGGAGAUUGCUUCUCAACUUGAUUUGGAUGAUGUUACACUAGUAUAAAUGUAGUUAUCAUAUGGUCAUCUAGUAAAUUUUGCUAGAUAAAUGUUCUGAAUUUAAAUUUGGAAUUCUGUAUUUUUGAAACUAUAUGAACUCAAUUUGUAUAAUUAUGUUAAUGACAAGCAGAUUGUACCUUUGUCCAUGAUUUUUGCUUGAUAUAUAAGUGAUUCCAUAUUGUAUAAUGUGGUGUCACAUAUUCCACGAAAGGUGUAUA